UUCAGAAUUUUACUCUCUGGCUUCACAGAUGCAUAUUGCCUCGAUCAGUUCUCAAACCCAUCCAAUCCAGCCGCGCACUACCGUACCACAGGCCCAGAAAUUUGGAAGCAAACUCAAGGGAAAGUGGAUAUGGUGUGUUUUGGAGUCGGCUCAGGUGGGACGGUUACCGGAGUCGGAAGAUAUCUUCGUGCUCAAAAGCAAAAUAUUGGAGUGUACCCUGUGGAGCCAUUCGAGAGCUCGGUGCUGAGUGGAUUCCCGAGAGGUCCACAUAAGAUUCAUGGAAUUGGUGCUGGUCUCAUACCAGGGAACGUGGAUCGCUCCCUCUUCACAGAAGUCCUGCGUGUCAAGUCUGAAGAUGCUAUGAAGAUGGCUCGCCGGCUCGCCGACGAGGAAGCGAUUCUCGGUGAAAUCUCAUCUGGAGCAAAUGUGGUCGCUGCCGUCGAGCUGGCAUGUCGUCCGGAAAACAUUGGAAAAUUGAUUGUGACCACUGUGAAUAGUUUUGCUGAGAGAUAUUUCUCCACCGAACUCUACUCAACACUGCUCAGCGAGGUGUCCAAACUGCCAAUAUCGACAGAUGAGCAAGCUGUGGAUAUUGCGAAAAAGUACUUGGGACUGUAACUCUUUUCUAGACAUUGAAGUAAUCACUUUUAUUGUUUGGUAAUGAAAUAAAAUCAAUAAAUGUA